UCUAUACUCUUGUCACCCGUGGUCGGGCAGUAUCUGGCAGGCAGAACUUUCUCUGUCUGCGAGCGAGAGUUGCCACAGGGGAGCAGGGUUACUUUUCGGGUACCUCUGUAGUCCAGUACACCCUGUACUCUCCAACAAAGUGGAGUCACCGAAAUCUUAGUGUGUGGAGAGGGUUAGAGAGAGAGAGAGAGACCCGAGUGUGUAGUGAUUGUCACUGGGGUAAACAUGCUCGGUGUGAGUGGGGAGUGAGUGGAGGGGAUGCUGGCCGGUCGCUGGCUGGUUCGGUGACAUCCCAGCGGGUGUGUCCGCCGUUUGAGGCUCAGCUGAGACCGGCGCGUUGGAGUUGCCCGAAUCAAUUUCCAAAUUCGGUGCCUGCUUUUCCUUGUGGAUCCCAUCCCCUUUACCAGCUGCCAGUGGACGCUGUUCGUUCUUCAGCGACAAAUUCAACUUUUAUAUGUAGGAAGGAACUGCGGACGCUGGUUUAAACCGAAGAUAGUCACCAAAAGCCCGGAGUGGCUCAGCGGGACAGGCAGCAUCUCUGGAGAGAAAAAGUGAAUAGGUGACGUUUCGGGUCGAGACCCUUCUUCGGACCUUGAACUUUUAGCUCCACUUUUGUUGCCGAAUGGGAACGGCCGGUAGGAUUUAACGACGAAGUAAUCAUAGCCGAGGCAGACCCGCAAGGAGACGGCUACAUGGCGCACACUGAAACCCCGACACCCACACCGCUCGCCAGCUCAGUCCAGUACUGUGUCUGUAAGGUGGAGCUCUCCGUAUCUGGCCAGAAUCUCUUGGACAGAGAUGUCACAUCGAAAUCAGACCCAUUCUGUGUGGUGUUCUUGGAAAUCAAUGGAAAAUGGUCGGAGAUUGGAAGGACAGAGACAGCCGUGAACAAUCUAAACCCAGUAUUUGCAAAGAAGUUUGUGGUGGACUAUCAUUUUGAAGAAGUGCAGAAACUGAAAUUUGCUUUAUUUGACCAAGACAAAUCCAGUAAACAGCUUUACGAGCAUGACUUUCUUGGAGAAUUUUCAUGUACUCUCGGAGUGAUUGUUUCAUGCAAGAAGAUGACACGACCACUUGUCCUGACGAAUGGGAAACCUGCUGGAAAAGGAACAAUAAUGAUAUGUGCUCAAGAAAUCUCAGAUAACAGAGUAAUCACUCUUAGUAUGGCUGGAAGAAAACUGGACAAAAAGGAUCUCUUUGGGAAAUCUGACCCUUAUUUAGAAUUCUAUAAGGAAGAAGAAGAUGCAAAGUGGAUGCUUGUACAUCGAACAGAGGUUAUAAAAAAUACUCUUGACCCUAUCUGGAAACCUUUCAGCAUGCCUCUUGUGUCCCUGUGUGAUGCCCAUGUGGACAAGACCAUAAAGGUUCUGUGCUACGAUUAUGAUAACGACGGUGGACACGACUUUAUUGGAGAGUGCGAGACCACAGUCACCAAGAUGUCUGAAGCAAACGACGUGGUCGAGAUAGAAUUUGAAUGUAUUAAUCCCAAGAAACAAAAGAAGAAAAAGACUUAUAAGAAUUCUGGAAUAAUUGUCGUUAAAUCCUGCAAGAUAACCAGAAAUUAUUCAUUCUUGGAUUAUAUCCUUGGCGGUUGCCAGCUGAUGUUCACUGUUGGAAUUGACUUCACAGCUUCCAAUGGAAACCCUCGUGAUGCCAGCUCCCUGCAUUACAUCAACUCCAUGGAAUCAAAUGAAUACCUUGCUGCCAUUUGGGCUGUGGGACAGAUCAUCCAGGAUUACGACUCAGACAAGAUGUUUCCUGCCCUAGGCUUUGGUGCGCAGUUACCUCCUGACUGGAAGGUGUCCCAUGAAUUUGCCAUUAACUUCAAUCCUACAAACCCAUUUUGUUCAGGUGUGGAAGGGAUCGUUGAAGCAUAUACGGCCUGUCUGCCCCUCAUUCGAUUUUAUGGGCCCACCAACUUCUCGCCAAUAAUAAAUCACGUGGCUAAAUUUGCCAGCCAAGCCAUCCAGCAGGAAGCAGCAGCGCAAUACUUCAUCCUGCUGAUUAUAACAGACGGCGUCAUCAGCGACAUGGAUGAGACCAGGCAUGCCGUGGUGCAGGCCGCCAAUCUCCCCAUGUCCAUCAUCAUUGUCGGGGUUGGGAAUGCCGACUUCGCUGCCAUGGAGUUCCUGGAUGGUGACAAUCGCAUUCUAAGAUCUUACACUGGGGAAGAAGCCACGCGAGACAUCGUACAGUUUGUACCAUUCCGGGAUUUCCGCAAUGCUCCUAAAGAAACUUUGGCUAAAUCUGUCCUAGCAGAACUACCCCAGCAAGUUGUUCAGUACUUCAAGCAAAGAAACCUUCCACCUGUCAACUCUGAUCCAGCCUAACACCUAACCUUUUCCCUUUGAACCUGCAUGGCACCUGAAAAUGUUUACAAAAUCUUUGCAUGUUUUACGGCGGAUAGCAUAUUUGUAACGUUUUGUUCCCAUUGCUUUAAAAUAUAUUUCAGGUGACUCGAGUCUUAAUUUGUUUGUAAGAACAAUCUGGUGCUUUGUAAAAGUAUGACGAUCAACACUAAGUAAAAGUGGGCAACUUAUUUUCUAAGUCACCACUGUUAAAGAGUAUUGAAUGUAUCUUUGUAUUAUUGGGUGUUACAUAUCAGAUUUUCUUUUAAAUGUAAAAACACUUUGAAAAUAAUGUUACAAACUUUCAGAAGUAUAGGAAGUGAUGAAUUCUCUCGUUGUGUCUACAUUAUCUGUGUGAUUAAAUAAACGGUACUUUUGUCAGACUAUUA